AUGGAGGCCGGCUGCCUCCGCGCGUGCCGCAGCCACCCGUCGAUCAUCGUCAUCGAUGGUGUCGCCGCCGACCCCAAGACCAAAGACGUGCAUCUCGUCUUGGGGUUGAUCCAGGGUGGGCUAAGCCUUCGUGACUCCGACUACAUGUGGAGGACGCCGUCGGAGGACACGGUCCGCGAGAUGAUGAGGCAGCUUAUCGGCGCUGCGAAAGGUACAUGGUCAUGGCUUUAUCCAUAG